AUGGCUUCUGCACUCACCCACCUUCCCUUACUCAUCGUCCUGGCCCCCAGCUUGCUGCUUUGCACCUUCCAGUUAUGUUCAGCAUCUCGACCUUUGACGGGCCUGAACGAGGAGGCAUCAAUGAAACAGCUCACAUCUCAUUCACCAUCACAGUUGAAGCCAAUUUUAGCUGCACCAUUGCUUGAGGACCCUUCCAACCUCAUGUCUCCAACAUUUCCCUCGUUUCAAGCUCCAAUUCCGCCUUCAAGCCCUUUCACCAACUUCACUCCAAUUUUCCCAAUUCCAAGCAUGCGAACCAUCCCACCAUUUCCUUUCAUACCAACACUGCCCACAAUCCCAUCCUUCCCUUCAAUUCCUUCUGUUCCUCUCCCGGGUUUGAAGGAUUAA